CUUACAAAUUUCCUUCCACAAUCUUUGAAGUCUACCAUAUAUCAAUUCAAAGAGUUUAAACGAUGGCCAACGCAAAAGACGUGAAAGAGUUCAAAGAAACUUUCAAGAGAUUUGAUCAAUACGUAAACGGAGAGAUUCCAUGGAGGGAAUUUGACAUGUCUGGCGUACGCAAACGUUCUACUCCAAUGACAAAGUCUGAAAUCGACAAAAUAUUCGUAGAGCUUGGAACUCGUGGUGAAGAUAGAGUCUUCAGAGCUUCCAAGUUUUCCGGUAAUCCUCUUCAUCCAACAUCUGUCUCAGUUAAACCUAAACCUAAAGAUGUGAUUAAUGUGGAGGUGCAAAAAGAAUCUUGUGUUAAUAAUCAUGACAAGGACGAAAAGAAAACAGAGAAUCAACUUCAAAUUCCAAAGACCUCUCGAAAAUAUAGUGACGAAUGGAGGUUGGGUUGUAAUAGAUAACAAUGAUAAAGAUUUUGAGUUUUGUUAGGUGUAAGAUCUUUUCGUUUUGGUGUUAAUUGAGUUUACUUUA